AAAAUGUCAUUGGCUAAUCAUUUAAAAAGAGGAAUAAGGAGCAUCUGUGCAAAGAACAUAGUGAUGGUUAUUUUUGGUUUGGUAAUCCUAGAAUGCUGUGCAAAACUGUAUGACAUACAAACACUGAAUAAACUUGAUUCUGGAGAUCUUAUCAAGAAAAGAGAUGAGAACAAGAUUGUUUGGCAUAAGUUUAAGAAUACAUUUUACCAAGAACUCCAAACUUCAACUGGAAUAUUUCUUCUUUACAAGGCAUACCUAGAUGUCAGACAGGAACCAACUGUCAGAAUUAUUGGUUAUCUGAAUCAACAUCCUCCCAGGAUUGAGACAUAUUGUAAACUGACCUACAAAACACCUGAUGAAGAUGUUGUUCGAAAGGUUAAUUAUAUUCAGCUUGACAACUGGUAUUUUUCUAAAAUGAAAAACAAAACACACCAAGCAAUCAUUUACCAGCCAUAUCUAAUAUCUUGUGACCUUCCCCCCAUGAAUGAAACUAGGUUACCUACUGCAGUGUCCCUGGUAGAGGAUAGAGCAAUUAAAGAAGUAACAAAUAGACUCAACAUCAUUUACAAUAAGCAAACUGGACCAAAGGAUAUGUUUGGUGUUUGCUGCAGAGCACUGAAGUUCAGAGAGGACAUUUCAUUUAGAAUAGUUGAGUGGCUUGAACUGCUGAAGAUUUUAGGAGCAACCAAGGUUUUUCUUUACAAAACAGAAUUGCAUCCUAAUACUCACAAAACGAUAAUGGCCUAUGACGAAUCUGGUUUUGUUCAGCUUAAUAAUUUUUCAGUUCCAGAGUAUAAUCCCAAUGAAAUUGAUCAUCUUGGGUUAAAGGACAAUGUUCUUUAUUCUGAAUUGUUGCCAAUUCAGGACUGUGCUUACAGCAAUAUGAACAGGUUUAAUUAUUUUGCUGUCCUGGAUAUUGAUGAAGUUAUUGUCCCAACACAUAAUAAAACAUGGAUGCAUAUCUUAGAAGCCCUUGAAAGAGGGAACGUGUCCAUAAACCAACCAAGCCUCACUUUCCAAAAUGCCUACUUUUUACAACAAUAUAAGGAAUCCAACAAAGAGGGACCUUUUAAGGAGAUUCCAACAUACAACUACAUGCUGCAACAAGUGUACAGAGCUAAAGAUCAUUUGGGCCCAAAUAUAAACUGCAAAUCAUUUCAGAACACACUCCAGACACUAAUUUUUUACAAUCACAAGUCUGAGCGAUGUCUAAAGAAUUCUGAAUGUAAUAGAUAUUCAGUAGACCUUAGUAUAGGACAGCUGAACCAUUACAGAAGUUCCUGCUCUAAAGAGUAUGAAAAAUUCUGUUCCAAUUCCAUCCCAACUGUGAAGGAUAUUACAAUAUGGACCUGGAAGAAAGAGCUAAUGGAAAACAUGAAUAAGUCUCUUCUUGAUCUUGGACUGAUCAUUUAGAGGGAGGGGUAUUAGGUGUUCCAGAAUAUGAGACAUUGACCCUUCAAUAGAAAUGUUUUUAAAAUUUUUAAUAUAUUUUUUCAAGCUUU